ACGCCAAAAUACCACCUUUUCAGUAUAUUUUAUGUGCAGCCACGUCCCCUGCGGUAAAAACGCACGAAGAGACCCUGACUUAUCUAAACCAAGGUACAGUUAACUUCUUCCAUUUUUGCUGAAAGACAGUUUUUUUUAAUUGUACAGUGUGCUUUUGACCCCACUAGUUACAUAUAGAAGGACAGAACAUUUCAUACAUUUGCAUUUCUACAAUAAAUGUUGUGUAUUUUAUCACACCCAGCAAAGUGAAUCUAAAUCAGCUAGAGCCUACAAUAGGCAACUUUUACACAAAUUAAAUGUGUGGGGUGAUCCGUAAGCAUUUAAAGCAUGGCUGAGAGAUAUUCAAGAAUUUAUUUAUACUUGUUUCAAAUGUUUGUCAAUAUUUUAAUUUCAUCUUCUCCUACUAAGCCUACCUUUUCUCUCAUAAAAUCAUACAUGCCUUAUGUCCCGAACUGUACUGUUUACACCGGUAUUCUGAAGAAUAGAAUUUAAGAGAUGUUGGAUUAAGCCACUCCCCCGUUAUACUUGCUCACGUAGAAUCUCCCAAUGUACAAACUAAUGCACUAGAACAGACAUGCUGUGUGCACUUUAAACCCCUCAGAAUAAAUGCCCUUCAGUUACAAUAUUUCUUUUUUUAUAUUUUUCUCUAAACCUCCAUUCUGUCCACAUUUCUACUGGCCCUCCUAGUAGAAAGCUGCCUAUUCCUUGUACAUGUACAAUUUAUUCUUUUUUCACACCUUUUAUUCAAAGGUGUUUACAAGGAAACUGCACUCUAAAGCAAAGCAACAGAAACAGGAAUAGCUCAUGCCAAAUGCUAUAUUUCAGUGGCAGCAUGUUUUACUUGGAGAUUUUCCCUUCCAGUUUUGUCAUAUUCAGUGUGUGUGUGUGUGUGUGUGUGUGUGUGUGUGUGUGUGUGUGUGUGUGUGUGUGUGUGUGUGUGUGCAUGUGCAUGUGAGAGAGAUAAUUGCAGACACUAGGAAUACUGUGUACAACUACACUUUUCACAGUGUGUUCCAAAUGAGCCAAUGCAGGUAUAACCCAUAAAACUGCUCUUUUCCAUCACGUAAAGGGCCAGGUUCAUGGACACAGAUUAAGGUUAGUCCUGGACUGUAUGGAGAAUCUUCAUUGAAAAUGUAUUCUCUAGGACUAGGUCUUAAUCUGUGUCAGUGAAAGUGGCCCAUAGUCUUAAAUCCUGCUGUGAACUUGUCGUGUCCUAUGAUAUUUUGACUUGUCUUCUGGGACAUUUUUUUAAAAUACACGAAACAUAUUUUACCCACAGAAAUGGCUUCAAUUAAUGUAAAAUGUAAUUCUUUUUGUGGGAAUUUGGUUAGUGCUUUUGGUAUAAUUUAUUUUCAAAGUACAACAAAACACAAUAUCAGUUGGAAAUAUCAUUUGUAUCGAUGUCAAAAUGUUGAUUUAAUAUUCCAAUAAUAAAUGCAGUUUUUCGAACUCCCAGUUUACUAGCAUUUCAAUAUUAAUGUCAUGAAGUGCAAGAACUCUUGCCAUUGGAAGAGGUGUACUUUUGCCUGAAUUCAUUAAGAAUAUACUUCAGUUUCACCUUCCAACUGACCUACUUUUUCUGAUUGAAUGAAUUUUCGUUUUUCAAUUUUAAUCAGGUUUGUUUUAAUUUCUUAAAAUGUAGGUCAGUCCUACGAAAUCCGUAUGCUUAACAGAAAACUAGUGGAGUAUACAGAUAUAAGCAGCAAAUGUGUGAAGUGUCACUUAGGAAUCCGUGGCCAUUAUUCCGAGUGCGAACCCUAUGAGUCUUCAGAUACUACAAUGGGAGUCAACUGACGCACACUUUGAGCUGUCAGCCCGCUGUUGGGCGGCGGUUGUGUGCGGUCAUGUGGCGGGGAGGCUGAGGGCUUCUGGGAAAGCUGUCCACGGCACGGAGUGGCGUUGGCGUGUGCGGCCGGACAGCUGUGGAGUGCGUCCGGUGGGUGCGGUGCCCGCCGGUGAUGCGUUGCCCUGCUUGUUUCCAGAGCAUUGUGCGAGUGCUGUUUCACGACCGGCGGCUGCAGUACACCGAGCACGAGCAGCUGGAGGGCUGGCGCUGGAGCCGGCCGGGCGACAGGCUCCUGGAUAUCGAUAUCCCCCUCUCUGUGGGAAUGUUGGAGUCGCGAGCACACCCACAACAACUCAACACCAUUGAGUUCCUCUGGGAUCCCAUGAAGAACAGCUCGGUGUUCAUACAGGUCCACUGCAUCAGCACAGAGUUCACCCCCCGAAAGCACGGAGGGGAGAAAGGGGUCCCCUUCCGCAUUCAGAUCGACACCUUCACUCAGAACGACGAUGGAGAAUACCUGGAUCACCUGCACUCUUCCAGCUGCCAGGUCAAAGUCUUCAAGCCCAAAGGUGCUGAUAGGAAACUGAAAACUGACAGGGAGAAGAUUGAGAAACGGACCCUUCAGGAUCGGGAGAAAUAUCAGCCUUCAUAUGAAAGCACAGUGCUGACCGAGUGUUCUCCCUGGCCUGACGUUCCCAGUGUCAGUAGCACCACCAGCACUCCGUCCCCUGCCAACCACACCUCCCCGCCCCCCUACACCAUCACCGAAGGAAACUGCUCUCCAAACCAGCAGGGAGAGCUGUUCCUGCCCAGCUGCUCUGAUUCGAUGGUUUUCACUAUGGCCUGCUUUUUGCAGCACCUCCUCCCAUCCUGCAGCCCCCAGGACACCCAGCUCUGGCUGCAUCGCCACAGGUUCUCCCCUUUCUGCCGGCUGUUCUCCAGAUUCUCAGGUGCUGACCUCCUGAAGAUGUCCAAAGAAGACUUCAUUCAAAUAUGUGGGCCGGCUGAUGGGAUUCGCCUCUACAAUGCCACCAAAGGGAGGUGCAUACAGCCACGGCUCACAGUCUACGUCAGUCAGCAGCAGCCCAAGCCAGCGGGAGGGGACGUGUACCACGCCAUCUACCUGGAGGACCUCACUACCCAAGAGCUGACGGAGAAGAUCGCCAACCUGUACAGAAUCUCCCCCAAACAAAUCAGCCAGGUCUACAGGCAGAGCCGCGCUGGAGUCCACGUGGUGGUCUCUGACGAGAUGGUCCAGAAUUUCACUGAGGAGAUGUGCUUUGUUAUAAGCCCACUGAAAGAUAAGAACAGUGAUGGAUUUAGUUUUGUCCUAAUAUGAACAGGAAGAGCAGCUAAACAGAGAAGAUGGGAGAUAUUUUCUCUCCAUGAAAUCUGGAACUCGGUUUACGAAAAAAUAAUUCGCUUUUUGUAUUUUUAUAUUAAGUUAUUGAUUGACUUUUGAUGACAUGUGUAAUUGUUUGUACAAAAAAAAGUGCAUUUAAAAAUAUUUUAUUGUAAAAAUGGAAUAUAAUCACUGGAAAGUUGAGUCUAAUAUCCAAAUCCUUGAAGUCCACUUAACUUGAACUCAACAGAGGUGUAAAAUCCAGGUUCAGAAAGUAAAAGUCCUCCCCAGUAUUUUGUUCCAAUGACCUGGAUUUGCUAAUUAGCAAAUUCUUCAGCCAGGAGGUAGAACCAAUUAGUGACAACCAACAAAACUCAUCACUGUGAAGUUGGAUGGUCUGUUACUGUGAUACUCCUGCAUGUAAACUUAUUUCAGGCUCAUGACCGUCCUGUCAUAAAAGCCUUUCAGGUUUUAAAUGUCGCAAGUUAAAUUCUGAGAAUCAUACCGUACACCAGGGAUCAUCAAAUCACAAAUCUCAUGGCCCAAUAACUACUGGUUUUCCACCCUCCCUUUAUCUGGGGGUCAGUUGUGAAGAAAUGCUGGCCAAUUGGUAGUGAUCAUUCUUUUAGUUAAUUACCUGGGAGAAAAGAAAACCAGGGUUGGAUUUAGAUUUAAGAGCUCGAUUUGAUGAUCCUGACGAUCUGUUGUCUGCAUGUUGUUAUAUUAGUAAACAUUAUUAAUUUGUUGGUGCACUUGGAUUCAUGGCAUGUUCACACAUGCCUGUACACAGGAAGCUGCAUUAUGUCUCUACAGAUGGACAUCAUAAUUCCAAAAACAGGGUUUCAUUUCAUAUGUAUUGCAUGGAAAGCUUGGUUCUUUUAAUAUCCCCCCCAGAAAUCUACCAUUCUACCAUUUGUCCAGUCUUAUACUUUAUGUAACAUUACAAUACGUGUCCAUGUUAUAUAUGUUUAAUUGUUUGAAAUUUCUUAAUGCCCCUGUUUUUAAAUCCAGUGAAAUCACAAGAAAUGUGUUGCCAGUUUUAAAUUCAGAUAUGAAAGAUGAAAGCUCAAAGCAAAUGAACAAAAAUCUGUAAUGAUUAAGGACGGGGUGUGUAGAAGUACUGAAGAUGGAUGUUAAGUGUAUUUUGUCCUUUUGUGUUAUGCAUGCCUCUUGUGAAAAGACUGCUGAUGUUGGUUUAGCAUUCUUUAGUUGUCUCUGUACUACUGAUUCUUGAUUUUCUUAGGUUAAGGCUCUACAAAACAAACUUUUACUAUUUAGUAUUUUAUGUCUGUGAUAUAACUACUGUAAUACAGUACAGCCCUGUGUUUUCAGUGUUUAUAGUUACUGCAAGUUAUUUUUUGUUUAACAGCAAAUAUGUGUUACUUUCCCUCCCGAGGCAUUGAUUGUAAAAUGGCUGAAUCUCUCUGAGUUGCUCAAAUCUGUUAAAUGGAUUUGAAAAGCCUUUCCUGUCGUAGCAAAAUAUAUAAUACUGUGUAUAUAAUACCAAAAUAAAGCAUUUUCACUGUUCUCUUUGUAAUCAAGUCUGGUUCUAUGUACACUGUUAAAAUCCAAUAAAAUGUUUCUUCACCAA